AUGGUAGGGGACGCUGUAACUGCCGUUUGCCUGAUAAUUAUCACGAUGUUUAUUCCCCCCCUAGGAGUUUUCUUUAUUAGCGGAUGCUCUCCAGACCUUCUCAUCAAUGUCUGCCUCACAUUACUUGGAUACUUCCCCGGCCAUAUCCAUGCCUUCUACUGCGAGUAUGUCUACUAUGACAGGCGCGGGAGAGGGAGCCAAGGCCGUAUGGCCUGCUACCGGGCCCCAGGAAUAUUUUCAGAGAGGAUUCAACGUGGCGGUGAUCUGAGCAAUACUGAGCACUAUUAUCCUCCGCCGCCACCUCAGACCGCAGCGACACCAGGAAUGCCAGCGACUCCAGCAACGACAUAUUACUCCAGCCCGGAAGUGCAUAGUCAUCAAGAGUCUGGCUGGACACGAUAG